AUGGACGCGUACGCCAUGCACGACUUUUUCCAGCUGAGCGACGACGACGAUGACUCGCGCGCCAGCACGCGCUCCUCGUCGCCACCGCCUCCGCCACCGACGCAGAAGAAGCGGCGGCGGGGGCGCGCGCGCAACGAGGCCACCGUACGCGUGGUCCGGAAGAGCCGCCGGCUGAAGGCCAACGAUCGCGAGCGGAACCGGAUGCAUAACCUCAACGGCGCUUUGGAAGAGCUGCGCCGCGUGCUUCCGGCGCUACCAGACGAGACGAAGCUGACCAAGAUCGAGACCCUGCGUAUGGCGCACAACUACAUCUGGGCCUUGGCCGAGACACUGCGGAUGGCCGACCGCGGCGGACCCCCCCGCGACGGUGCCCUCGGCGACGGCCCCGGUUCGGGCUGGUUCUCCUGCUGCACAAGCUCGCCGUCCUCCUCGCCGUCUUCAUCAUCUUCCUCCUCCUCCUCCUCGCCCGCCUACAGCCCGGGCAGCCCGCUCGAACACGCGCACGAGCACGCGCUCUUUGGCCGCCCGCGGGGGCUCUUCUGACCGUUGGAGUGAACCCCCCACCCUCGCCUUCACGGACCUCCCGGCGCGAGCGCGAGUACAGGUGCUUCUCGCACUCCGAUGGAGCCCUGCAUGCGCGUGCACGAGCGCCCAAGCCAAGUCGAAAGGUCAACUCUCCAAUUAGUUGUGUGAAAUUUCACACUCAAGACUCAUUCAUUAUUCAUGAAGACUUGGCUUUAUUUAUUUUUGAAAUGUUUUGGAACUAUUUGUACAUACAGAAAGAUUUUAUCCUAUUUCCUCACUGACACUUUUCAGCACAAUAAAGUUUUUACUUUUAUACAAAAAAUACAACUUUGUGUGUCUCGCAUACAAGCACAGAAUGGGGGAGUGGGGGCUUGACGAAUGAUCACAUUGUAACUGCAUGUUCCGUGUAUGUUGUGUGUGUGUGUGUGUGUGUAUCCUCAUGCUUCAAUCAGGGUUAGGAUUCUAAGCAUGAUUGUGUAUUUAUUUAAAAUAUGUAAUGUUGAAAUCUUCGACAUCAAGCUCGUGAAGGUAGCAAAAGUUAACACGC